AUGAAAUCACAAUUAUCGUCGAAUGGCUUACUUAAAUCAUGUACAACCACGUCGUUGUUAAAAGGCUCAUCAACAGUGAACCUAGGCUCAUUGUCACAUUUGAUGACCACAAUGUUAUUUUCAUCAGCUACAGAGAUCGAAGACCUUGGGAUUUUUAACGACAAGGCUGUGAAAGGACGGUACUUAGUGGGUUGGAGAUGUUUGUGUUGUUUCUCUUUUUUUCCCCAACUUUCUAUUGCGUCCAAAUGGUUAUGGCUAGAAAUUUCUGAGAUUUUUCUUUUCCUAUUCACUUUGGUAUUUAUCUGCCUAGAUUCAUUGUCAAAAUCUAAUGCACGCGUACAAGUUUUUUUUCUAAUAUUAUACUUUAUUUGUUUGUGUGCAUUCAUCACACGCUCUCUCAUAAGUCUUAAAAACCGACCUCACUUCCACCUUCGGUCACCAUCAAGUAUGUCAACUUUUACAGUUUUAAACCAAGAUUCAACGGUAGCAUUACUCUGGCGGAUUUCAAUGCCAUUGUUGAGUUUAUUAUUCAUAAUAGGUGUCCACAGUGCUAAGAAAGGUACAUACUUGACUAUAAACUCGUGUAAAUAUGAUUCAUCGUAA